AUGAGAAGAUAGCGUAGAUGAUUCGUAAAUACAAGAUCGCGUGCUCUACUAUGAAGCGCAUAAGUGCAUAAACAUUAGGGUUUGGCUGAUCUGCUAAUCAAGACUCCGCGCGCUUCGACCUCAGAGUUGUUCUGACCUCAGUCAUCAUCGUCUCUGCUUAUUCGAGUAUAUUCACAUCCAAGCAUCAAACAGCUCGUAUAAGAUCGAACAAGACAGUGUCGCUUUUGAUAGGAUAAUAGACAGAUCAAGAGAAGAAAGAUGGGUCAAGGACAGUCUGGAUUACCCCCUGGCGGAUUCCCGGAUGAGAAUAAUGGAAAGGAGAAGAAACAAGAGAAGCCGAAGUACGAGCCGCCCCCAUCGACUCGGAUAGGCAAGAAGAAACGCAAAGGACCCGACAGCUCGACCAAGCUGCCAACAGUGUUCCCGACCACUCGAUGCAAGCUCAAGCUCUUAAAGAUGGAUCGAAUCAAGGAUCAUCUACUUUUGGAGGAGGAGUUUGUGCAGAACCAGGAACGGCUGAAGCCGACGGAUGAGAAGGUGGCGGAAGAACGCGCGGUGGUGAACGAGAUGCGCGGCACGCCGAUGGGCGUUGGCACGAUGGAGGAGAUUAUCGAUGAUGACCAUGCUAUCGUGUCGUCGACGACCGGACCGGAGUACUAUGUUUCCAUCAUGAGCUUUGUCGACAAGGAUUUGCUUGAGCCGGGAUGCUCGGUACUGCUGCAUCACAAGGGCGUGAAUGUUGUUGGUGUGCUUGCUGACGACACUGACCCGAUGGUGUCGGUCAUGAAGCUGGACAAAGCGCCAACUGAGUCUUAUGCUGAUAUUGGUGGACUCGAGGCUCAAAUUCAGGAGAUAAAGGAGGCAGUCGAGCUACCCCUGACCCAUCCCGAGCUCUACGAGGAGAUGGGUAUCAAACCCCCCAAAGGUGUUAUUCUGUACGGAGCUCCCGGAACAGGAAAGACUCUUUUGGCAAAGGCGGUCGCAAACCAGACCAGCGCUACCUUUUUGCGUAUUGUUGGAUCUGAGUUGAUUCAGAAGUACUUGGGAGACGGACCUCGCUUGGUGCGACAGAUUUUCCAGGUGGCGGCCGAUCAUGCGCCGUCGAUUGUGUUUAUCGACGAGAUUGACGCUAUUGGAACGAAGCGAUAUGACUCGACAUCGGGUGGCGAGCGAGAAAUUCAGCGAACUAUGCUUGAGUUGCUGAACCAGCUGGAUGGAUUCGACGACCGCGGAGACGUCAAGGUUAUCAUGGCGACGAACAAGAUCGAGUCGCUUGAUCCUGCACUGAUCCGACCGGGUCGGAUUGACCGAAAGAUUCUGUUUGAGAACCCGGAUCAAAACACGAAGCGCAAGAUCUUUGGCAUCCACACGGGCAAGAUGUCGCUUGGCGAGGACGUGGAUCUCGAGGAGUUUGUGGGCGCGAAGGACGACUUGUCUGGAGCGGAUAUCAAGGCUAUUUGCUCGGAGGCAGGUCUGCUUGCGCUUCGCGAGCGACGGAUGAAGGUUACUGCAACUGACUUCCGCAGCGCGCGCGAGCGGGUUAUGAAGAACAAGGUGGAGGAGAAUCUUGAAGGCUUGUACUUGUAGGUUCUUUUAGUUGGACUGAGUGUUGGUAGUAUGAGCCUUGUUGUAUCUGCACUGUUAGACCUGGCGGGUGCUCUUAUGAAUAUAUACAAUAUCAAAUAGGAAACUGUUUUAUAGUAAGAUGAGAAGCAGGCGGUGCAGCUGAGAUGCACAGACACUGAGCAACAGACACUGAUGAGCAACAACACUGAGCACACACGUACACACACUACAACAGCCACGACCAGUAAAAAUACUACACAGAUCAACACAUCCAGCAGCAACUUGAAACCAGACUCUUCUCUUCCCCACGAGGGCCAACGAGGAUCCUCCGGGUCUCCACCGGCACCGGCAGCGCUUUAAAGGCAGCAAAACUUUAUUUCUCGACGCGGGGUGCGGCUCGGGCGGACAGACCUCGGCAACG